UGCGACAUACUAACAUGGUGGAGAGUAAAUAAGAACCAAUAACUGUGGGGGCGCCGCAAAAGUGGUGGAAAGUUAACAGCGAAACAGAACAAAUGGCAGAUGAUUUGAUAAGCUAUUGUAUUUUGUGUCAAACUUUGCAAUUUUGCAUGUGUUCGACAGCUGUUUUCAUCGUAAUUAGGACUCCAUGCUGCAGGAAUGUGGUCUAGGAUAGGGCCGAGUGUCCUGUUUUUUCUUUCUUCCAUCUAUGUCUGUGUGCACACAGCUUCCUUCUAUGGAGAAAGCUACAUUAGGGUGCCAUUCCAGCAGGCCUCCCGAUCCACUGAGGUGAAGCUGCACUUCAAGACACAUCGCCCACAUGGUCUACUCCUGCUAGCGUCGGGCACCACCGACUACUUCGCCAUAGAGCUCAAGUCUGGAAUCAUCGAGGUGCGUGUGAACCUGGGCUCUGGCGAGGCCACGUUUCAUUCCACACCUGGCCUCAGACUGGACGACCUUCAGUGGCACUCUAUCCACAUCAACCAGAGCUACAAGACCUUCCACCUGAACGUAGACAAUGUGAUGAUCAGUUCUAUAAAAACGCCAGGCUCCCUGCAGGAACUCAACAUCGAGUAUGGAAUAUUUCUUGGGGGAACUGGAACAUUUACCGAUGUGUUUCAUGGAAAUUUCAAGAACUUCCGAGGCUGUCAGAAGAAUGUGUUAUUCAAUCAGUAUGACAUUCUCAGUUUGGCCAAGCAGCUGAACAAUCCUUUAAAUACUUUUGAAAUCUACUGGGAUUGUGAUGAUCAGUUCGAUGCGGGAUCAGAGCAGCCUAUCAGCUUCAAAACUGAGACAUCUUUUGUUGCUUUCCCUCAUUUCCACAUCCGAUCACAAGGAACAUUUUCCUGCGAUCUGAUUACACACUCGCAGACAGCUCUGAUUUUGUUCAAUUCUGGACGGCAUGAAUCUGUGCACGAUUUCAUUGCUCUGGAAAUCCUAAACGGUCGAUUGAAGCUGUCUGUAAACAAGGGAAAUGGUGUUAAGUCUGUGAUGUCUGACGAGAUCAUUAAUGAUGGCCGUUGGCAUCAGGUGGACAUUUUCCUAUCUGCAAGUGUCAUGGAACUCAAAGUUGAUUCAAAACCAAAGCAAACACAUUUUAGUCUCGGUGAUAAUGCUUUCUUUAACCUGGCAGGCCAUUUGUUUCUAGGUGGAGUGAGCGUACGUGCAAGAGCCCAUGCACUGAAACGUGGAUUGAAAUCUCUUCAAGGGAAGAAGUCCAUGAAGGGCUCUAUGCUGGGAUGUAUUCAGAAUGUAGUGAUAAACAAACGUGUGUAUGGCUUCCGAGAAAUUCAGGUGAGCCGUACCGUCGAUCCGCAUUGUCACGGCCAGUUCCCAUGUGCUUCAGACCCGUGUGUUGAUGGGGCCGUGUGUUCAGAAGUGAACAAAGUGGAGUUUAAGUGUAUCUGUGAUGAACCAGUAUGUACCAAAGAAAAUUUCACUUCGACUGGAUUUAGUACCAAAGAUCACACAAAUGUGUUGGCAAUUGAAGGACUGAAGUUGGAAGAAGGUGCUCAGACGGUCAUAACUACUGAAACCAUUGAUGUCAUUUUUGACUACAAGGCUUACAGAACCCGUGAAUCCUCCAUUCAGUUCAAAGUCAAAGUGCCACCACAGUAUGGCAGGAUUGAUAUUGAUGUCCGACGAAGAAAGCAUUCUGAUAGAUUUACAUUGCUGGACUUAAUGGGACAGAAAGUGUUCUAUGUUCAUGAUGGCACAGACACCACCAGUGAUGAUGUCACAUUUGAAAUGACAAUCAAUCCACAGGAUCCCAGCUUGCCAGAAAAAUACCACGGAGUGUUUGACUUUGUUGUUCCUAUUGUGAUUAUUCCUUACGAUGAUCCACCAAAGCUAGAGCUCCCGUCAGGAAGUGCCAUAAAAAUAGCACACCGGGCAAGACUUAAAAUAACAAAACAGAUUUUAAAUGUACACGACCCAGACACAAACCCUGCUGAUCUACAGUUCUCCGUUACAUAUCAACCAGAACAUGGUUAUAUUGCAAAAGGAGACAAGGUUGGACAAAGCAUAUCAACAUUCACACAGGAAGAUGUAAACAAUGGACAAGUUUGGUUUAUUCAUAAAAGAGGAUCCACCAUUCAUCUUGAAAUAGAGGUCAUGGAUAGUUCUUCCAAAAGUGACAGAAUUAAUCUGCAAAUCAUUGCUGUGAACUUACAACUUGAGAUGACCAAAAUUACUGGUAUAAAAGUCUAUCAUGGCACAUCCACAGUUAUUAGUCCAAACAACUUGACCGCGAUGACCAAUGUCCCUGCUCAGCGGUUGGACAUCCGAUACAGGAUAUCAAAACAACCCAAGUAUGGCAAGGUAGAGAGAAGAAAGCAUGAAGACGAUUCAUGGAUUACUGUUGACUCUUUCUCGCAGAGACAUAUAGAUAAUGGUCGACUACGUUAUUCUCACACACAUUUCAAUAAAUACCCUAACAAAGAUGCCUUUUCGUUUAUAGUCAUGGCCAAGGAUAUAGCUUUAGAAGAGAAUACAUUGGAUAUCAUCUUUCUUCCCGUGUCAUUGAAGGUAGAAACAAAUUCUAAGUUGACCUUGAAACAUGUUUCAUAUUCGGCACUAAGUCCUCAAAAUCUUAAUGUAAAUGCAAAUACAAAUGCAGUGGAUGCCAAAAGAAUAGUUUAUAGUAUUCUGAGAUUGCCAAGUCAUGGUGGCUUCUACAUUAUGAAAUCAUCUGUUAAUGACAUUAGUGACUUCGAUCAGAGUCGUCCCUUGAAAGCAAAAGCUAAUUUCACGCAGUCUGAUAUCAAUGACGGAACACUGUUUUACAAGGUUCACAGACCAUCAUUCAGCAUAAUCGAGGACUUUGUGGAUCUGAAGAUCUCAUUUGUUGGUUCCCGAGGCAUAAUGUCACGUCUCCUCAUUAAAUACCUUCCUGAACACAGUUCUGUGAGAUUUCUAAACAAUGGCCUCAAGGAUGUCAUUGAAGGAGGAAAGAAGGUAAUAGAAAAGGAUGAUCUCAGCUUGGAGGUGGAUAACUACAAGAACUCGCAGUUCACGGUGAUGUCACCUCCAGCUCAUGGGUCUCUAAAGCUGAUUGAUCCACGGUCAUCGUCUGUAUUGGAAGAAGAUGUCACUGAAUUCACAAACACUGACAUCAGAGAUGGAAAACUUGUGUACCAGCAUGAUGAUUCCGAGAAUACGGCCGACUCGUUCACAUUUACAGCAGCUCCUAUGCUUGUCUCUGAUUCAGAUUCCUCUGAACUUCAAGAGUAUUCAGGAACAUUCUUGAUCUCCAUGCUGAUGCGCAAUGAUAACCCUCCAGCUAUCCUGAUCAAUCGUGUCUUUCAGGUGGUGAAGAAUAAAAAGCGUCCAAUCACAAUCAGAGAUUUAGAAUUCAUGGACCCUGAUGUUGAUUUUGACACUGAUAAGCUGAAAUAUUCUAGAAGAGGGAUACCAAAUGGGGACAUAAUUGAUGCCAAAUCAUCUAAAUCUGUAUACGAGUUUACGCAGAAAGAUUUAGUGGAUGAGAACCUGCUGUUUGUCCACAAAGGUGCUGAUCAUGAACGAGCAGCCAUGUGGGUGACUGACGGACAAUUCGUGAAGCCAUUUUUAUUCGAAAUACAGGCGUCUGAUCCAUAUAUAAAAAUAGUAAAUAACACUGGUAUUAAAGUAAAACAAGGUGGUCAUACUGAGAUAUCUACACACAACAUAAGUGUUGAUACCAAUGUCAAUACAAAAUCGUCUUCAGUGAAUUUUGUUAUGACAGAGGAACCCCUCAAUGGACAUCUACGCAUUCGUGGAAAGCAGGUUACUGAGUUCACUUUGGAGGAUGUCAGUAAUGAAGUUAUCCGGUACUGGCAUGAUGGUAGUAAUAACAUGGAGGACAAAUUUAAAUUUGCUGUUAUUGUUGAUGGGGCUCAGACGAAAGGAAUUUUUCCCAUUGUUGUAUUUCGUGAAAGUGAGUUACAUCCACCGCAGGUGGUGCACAACAAGCUCCUGGAACUUCCUGAAGGUUCCCGCGCCGAAAUAACCAGCAGUCAUUUGCAGGUUACUCAUCCUUCUACACCAUCUAAAGAUAUCAUAUUUACUGUGACAACACUUCCUACUGGUGGUGUUCUAAGAGUAGGAAGCAAAGAGCUCGCAGGAGAUGCGACACCAACAUUUACCCAGAAGGACAUUGAUCAGGGACACGUGGCUUAUAGUCAGUCUGCCACUGAUGUUUUAUCAGAUCAGUUCAUUUUCGAUGUCAGUAAUGGCCAUCAGAGUUUACUGAAUCUACAGUUCUAUAUAGAAGUUGUUCCUACUUAUUUGCCCCUUGUGGUUAAAAACAUCAGUGUUGUGGAAGGUGGACAAGUGUCAUUAACAAAGGAGGUACUUUCUUUGAAGGGCAGACACUUCAAAAACAAAAGGGUUACCUUUGAAAUCACCAACAAUCCAUUCCAUGGGUGGUUUGAAUCUUCUGCUAAGAAAGGAGUUCGUGUGUUGGUAUUUACAUCAGAUGAUAUUGCUACUACAAACAGAAUCUUCUAUCACCACAAUGGGGAUGAAAGCCUUACAGACCAGUUUUCAGUUACUGCAGUUCUGGACGACCAAACCAAACGCAGUCGCCCACAGAACGUGCAUGUUCAAGUUAGACCUGUGAACGAUCAGCCACCUAGAGUAGUCAUCAAUGCUGGGCUAUCGGUGUGGAAAGGAUCCAUCACGGAGCUAACCAAUCAGAGUCUGCUAGCCGAGGAUGCCGACUCCAGUCCAAGUGAGAUCACAUUCCGGGUGUCCAGUCCGACCAGCGGCCAUAUUGCUUUCCUUGACAACACCUUCAGAGCAAUCAACUCAUUUACUCAGAAGCAGGUCAAUGCUGGAGCAGUCGUCUUUGUCCACACAGGGGAAGGUGAUGGCCAGUUCAACUUGCAAGCCUCUGAUGGAACUAAUAAUGACAUCCUUCGACUGUUCAAGAUAACAGCUAAUCCUCUUGUUCUCACUCUGAGAAAUAACCGUCAGUUGAAAGUGUUUCCAAACACCCUGCAGCCCAUUCUUCCAGGCAAUCUGCUGGCUGUGACAAGCGACCAAAACCUGACAAAACCAAUUGUGUACACCCUAGAGAGGAAGCCGAGAAAAGGUAGAAUUGUCACCCUUAUGGAAGGUCAGCCUCUGGAAAUCACAUCCUUCAACCAGGAGGAGGUGUCCGAGGGCAGAAUCUUCUACCAGCAUGAAAGCUAUAUCCCAACAUGGUCGGUUUCAGAUUCUUUUUUCUUUGAAGUCUCCACAGCUUACGCAGAACCUUUGAAGGAUGAGAUGCUGGAUGUGGAUAUUUCUUAUGGCAACAUCAACCAGGGAAACAUGGGCUCUCUGGUCAGGGUGAUGGCUGCCAGUGUCAGUGAGGGUGGAGAGGUUUCACUGACACGGGAGAAUCUUGACAUCUCUGAAUUGCAGCACAGACUCCAACAGUACGGUCGAGGCGUGACGGUGCAGUACCUGAUGAUGGGUGUGCCUCGUCAUGGGAAGAUCCAACAAGAUGGAUUUACCAUGCAGGCAAAUGAUUCCUUUUCUCAGAGCAGAGUCAACAGUGGCAUGAUUAAGUACCUGCAUGACGAUUCGGACACAACGGAAGAUGCCUUCAAGUUCGCUUUGAAAAUACAGCAACCCACGGGCGAAGCUCACAUCAGUUUCAUAGCAAAUAUUACUAUAAUAGUUGAGCCCAUUAAUGAUGAGAAGUUCACACUUUUGACAAAGAAUCCAUCUCUAAGAGUCAUACAAGGUCGUACAGCAAACAUUACGAGCCUGGAGUUGAAAACUACAGACCCAGACACGACUCCUGAUGGAAUCAUAUACAGUAUAGUAACAGGUCCAGACAUCGGGAAGCUGGUGUUCAGGGAGUAUCCUGACGUGACAGUUAAACGAUUCACCCAACAGGACAUCAACACUGGCCGACUGCUUUUUGUUCAUGAUGGAACUCGCAAUUCUGGUGAAUUUUAUUUCAAGGUUUCUGAUGGAACGUUUAGACCAUAUUACAAAAUUUUCAACAUUUACGUUAUUCCACUUACUGUGGAAAUAUCUGUUAACAUGCCAGUGGAACUGACUCAAUCCAAGUCUUCUGUGUACAUUACUAACAAAUCACUUAACAUUUCCACCAAUUCAGAAAGAGAAAACAUCUGGUACAACAUAACUAGAGACCCCGAGUUUGGACAGAUUUACUACGAAGAGAGUCCGGUCAGACAUUUUGCACAGACCGACAUUGAUAACGAGCUGCUGCUUUACAUUCAGACUGACAUGACAGCUGGGUCAGACUAUUUUAUUUGUGAUCUGUAUGCUAAAGGUAUCCAGGUCCUUGCAACAGCUCAGCGGAUUAAUAUCACUGUGAAACCCCUUGUCAGACAGAGAUCCCUGCACGCUCCUGUCGGCUCAUAUUCGGCUAUAACCAAAUACACUCUGGACGCCACAGAACUGGCAGGCAUCACGAGAGACAAUCCUGUCUACGAAAUCACAGAGAAACCCAAACAUGGGAAAAUAAUGAAAAUAAACCGUGGCAGACGGGCAGUUGAUGCCAAUGCAGUCCUGACGGAGGUUAGUGCUUUCACCCAUGAAGAUGUUGUGUACACCAAAGUCCAGUACAAGUCCGAUCUGCCACAAAGCAAUGCGAUGCAGGAUUCGUUCAGGUAUGUCCUAAAAGCCAAUGGUGUUCAGCCAGCAGCUGGUAUGUUGGUUAUCUCCCUUCAACCACCAGAAGAUGAUCUGUCAUCACUUCCACCUGUAUUUGUUCCACUCUCGUCGACUCCAAAACGAACAGAUGCAACCAAAAGCAUGGACAGAGAUGGCUUUCAAGAGAAGACAACUGCAAGUGUUCUUGGGCCUGAUGUCAACAAGUCUACUGCCGAUUCAAGCAUGACCAGUGACUACAUCAUCAUAGCUGUAGUGAUUGGUGUAGUUGUGGUGGUCGUUCUCAUUCUUGUUAUUGUAGUCAUUCUGUUGAAGCGACGAAGGCGACAGAACAUUGUCCAGGAGGAACUCAAAACACGAACGAAACCUCGACCGUUUAUCAGUGGUCCUCUACAGCUGGAACAACCUCACGUCCUCAUUGAACCUCAGUUUGAGGGUGAGGACAAUGCAGGAAAGAACACGUACUGUAAUAUUCCAGUGAUUAAUAUUUCGCCCGGUGGUGGAGACACAUUAGAGUCGGAUGCACUUGUUUCAUCAGCACCACGGUCUCCUGACCUCAGCCGACAGGAAGUCAGUAAAGUGGUCCCCAGCUGCAAGGUGACACCGCUGGUGGAGAUCUCUGAAGCGCCGUCGGAGAUGACAAGCAUUCAGGCACCGGAGAGUGCCAAGUCGAACACAAGUGCAGACGUGUUUGACUUCGACUGGAACGAGAUGGACCCAGAUUUGUUGCAGCACUGUCGGACGACGACUCCAGUAUUAAGGAAGAACCAGUAUUGGGUGUAGUAGACUAAGCAGUGCCACUGUGUAGGACAUGUUUACUUAGGCCUGGUCUGAAAUGGUCACAUGGAGAGCUUAUUGAUUUGAGAUGGGUUGGAAGGGAAUAUGUUUCAGUCACCAUUAUAUAUGAGAUUAAAUAACAUAUACAUGUAAAUAAAAUAAAUGGUUACUGCUACUGCUUUAAAAUAUUAGUCUUAUCCUGUCCAGGAUGAAUGGCAAAUGCUGCUGUGCAGAGUCAUGUGAUAUUGGUCAUUCUAACCUAGGGAUAAAGUCCUUAUCUUAAAGCAGUAACCAGGGCCCAAUUUCACAAAACAUUGUAAGCUUAGUUUUGCAUGUAAACAUAAAUCUAUGACUAAACCACAAUUCUUAUUACGUGUGUACUAUUAUAGUACAAUAAAUAUGGUUAGAAAUACAUAUAGUUUAUUUUGUAAUGAUGUAAUUUUUUUCGUGAAAUAGAUGCCAAACACUUGUAAAUGUAUGCCCAGUAUAACUGUUAAUCACAGACGUAAACUUAUGAUGUUUUGUGAAAAUGCCCCCAGAUAUUCUCUUCAUACAACUUCAAGAAACAGAAAAAGUGGAGAUCGAUGGCACAUUUUGGCUCUAAAAUGUAAACAAACAACAACAAACUUCCAGCAGAUAUAGGACCUGCUUUAAAACAUUGAUUAAUAACUCCACCCCUUCCCCCACUUACUCCAUCCCCAUGUGAAAAUUUCUCCAAUAGUAUUUAUAUAAAACGAGAUAUUAUGCAUAAAAUGCAGUAGACGUUUAUACGAGAUUUUAGCAUUUUCUAUUAUCUGUGUUAUCUAUGUUAUUAUGUUCAUCAUAGUGUUUGUGAUUUAACAUUCUCGUACCAGUGUGCUUACAGCUUGUGAUGUUCCACAUAAGCUAUACAUGUAAUGUGCUGUGUCCGUUAAAGCUGGCUUGUAGUUCCAGUUGUUAGGGAUUGUCGGGGAUCGUUUGCUCAUUUGGCCAGUUAAUUUAAUACAGAGUCCUGUAAUCAAAUAGAAUUCUGAGUUACCUUCAGUUAUUAAUAGGUAAAGCUAAGUACACACUGGACGCGGGCAGCAAAUUUCAAACAUAACUGAUUUCAAUGCAAUCAUGUGGGCGGUACGUGGGCAUCUCCUAUCACUCUUGUAGCGAUUUUUGACACCUACCGCAUGGGUGAAUUCCCAUUUGUCACGUGCUUCUUGCAUUUAUUGAGGGGAUAGUAGACCGUGUUUAUGUUUGGUUUGGGGGGGGGGGGG